AGGUCGCAUGAUAAGAACCCGGAAGUAAAAUAGCAGCGCAGAACAGUAUGUGGUUUGAACCGCGUUCUAUUAUACCGAAAAUUUGGCAAGUAGCCUGUAUAAACAUCUAGAACAAACCAAUAUUCAAUUAUAUCUUUAAAAAAAACUAGUAGGUAAUUCACUAAAUAAGGCGCGAUGCUUCCACUGUCUUUACUGAAAACAGCACAAAACCACCCGAUGCUGGUGGAGCUGAAGAACGGGGAGACGUACAACGGGCAUCUGGUCAGCUGUGACAACUGGAUGAACAUCAAUUUGAGAGAAGUCAUCUGUACCUCCCGGGACGGCGAUAAGUUCUGGAGGAUGCCCGAAUGCUACAUCCGGGGCAGCACGAUCAAAUACCUGAGGAUCCCCGACGAAAUCAUCGACAUGGUGAAAGAGGAGGUCGUGUCGAAGGGGCGUGGCCGGGGUGGCAUGCAGCAGAAUAAACAGCAGGGAAAGGGCAGAGGAGGCGGAGCCGGCCGAGGUGUGUUUGGUGGCCGGGGAAGAGGCAUGCAAGGAGCUGGACGUGGACAGCCACAAGACAAAAAGCCUGGAAAACCACAGGGCAUCAAAAACCAGCACUAAACACAAACACACACUUAAUACCUCCUUUCUUUCUUUUUUUUCUCUCAGAUCUACAACAUGACACUUGUGUAACUUCUUGCUUUCCAUCAACUGUCAAAUUUUAAUCUUUUCUUUCUUUUUUUUUUUUUUGGUGCAGUUUUCAAUGGAAAAAAAUCCCCAAAACUAUAAUCGUUCUGUAAAAAAAAACACGUAUAGCCCUUGUGAUGUGAAAACAAAGAAGCUUAUUUUGAUCUUAUUUCCAAAUUUCAUGAAUGCGCUGAAACCUUUUUCAGGGUUAAACAUUUCAUCUGUAACACGGCAUCCAUUUUCGCUUCAAAUGUGUAAAAAACUUCUGUUUUUCCUGCCUGAUUUUUGUCUUUUUUUUUAAUAGACAUGGAGAAGGGCUGUAAAUGAUGUGCAGUUGACUUAAUAAAUACGUUUUUUUUUUUGUUA